AUGGACUUUAACACGACCUUGGACCCCGUUGCGGUGGAUGAUGAGCAGUUGAGCCAUCACCAAAUCAACACGCUCGUCCUUGUCGAGCGAAUUGGCGGCACCCUCAGCCUGAUUUCAGUGAUGCUCAUCUUCAUCACCUACUGGUUGGUUCGACGAGUGCGCAAUGUGCAAAACACCUUCAUCGUCUUUGCCAGUGUGUCGAACAUUGGCGCCAGUAUCGGAAGCAUCAUUGCUUACGAUGGCAUGGAAGCCGGCCAAAGAACGGCUUUGUGCCAGGCUCAGAGUUUCAUGUUCGAAAUGUUCAUGCAGUCGGAUCCCUGGUGGUCUCUCGCCAUGGCUGUCAACGUCUUCCUCGUCUUUUAUUUCCAUACAAAUCCAGACUCUUUCCGCAAGCGCUGGUGGAUCUACUGCUUGAUCUGCUACGGAGGACCCUUUGUCAUUGCUCUGACUCUUCUCCUUGUCAGAAGUCCUCGUGGUUUAGUGUACGGUGGAGCUACAAUCUGGUGCUGGGUGGACAAGGAAUGGGACUACAUUCGGAUCUACACAUACUACAUGCUCAUCUGGAUAUGCAUCGUUGGCUCCAUCCUCUGUUACUUCUUGGUUGGAUGGCACGUCUUUCGCAUGAGAAAUCGGCUCCGCAGUUUUUCCACGUCCAGGAACAGAGAAAAGGACAGAGAAGCGGACCAGGGUCGAGGAGAGACGGCACACAAUGGCUUCUAUGGCACUGUCACCACCGAGGUCCAGGUGACGCACACUCUGGCCGACUCCGUCCCUCCAGAGCCGCAACCAGCUUAUAUUCCACGGACUACCAGGCAUGUUUCGUUUGACAACCCAGAACCCGAAAUUCAGCCCUCUUCCGACAACCAGUACUAUUCGUCCGUCACAACCGCUCCUCCACAAGAGGUCCCUCCUCCGCCCUCCUUGUUACAACGUUUCAAGACGACGGUCACAGCAAUUACGAGCAAGUUCCGCGUCGGCGACCCCAUCAAGAGAGCGUAUCUGAGGACGAGUUUCUUGUUCGCGCUGAGCGUGCUGGUCACCUGGAUCCCCAGCAGCCUCAAUCGUAUCCAUGGCUGGCUUGAUGGGGGAUCCCCUUACGAGUUCCAUGUUGCCACCGCGGCAGUUUUGCCGCUGCAAGGACUAUGGAAUGGAAUCAUCUUCUUCGUUACUAGUUGGCGCAGCAUAAAGGCAUGGAUCAACGAGACGUUCAAAGCCAGCGCUGCCGUCAUUGACCGUCACAAAGCAGACGAGCUCGGCAUGAACGAGCGCACUGCUGGCCCAUUGAAUCCAUUGAACCGAUGCGAGUCUUUUAUGGAUGAUGGAGACUCUGCAACCAUCGGCAGCGAUGUGGAGCUCAGGCGUGUGCCCAACUCGGGGACAAAGACGGCACAUCCUCUAUAG